AACUGUGAUGCAGAGUUGGCACUAGCACCAAACGGUCCUACUGAACCUGAUAUUCCUGAAUUUGUUCUUCAUCCUAGUGUUGGUAGAAUCCCUAAAACAGGUCACAGUGUUCUAAAAAGUUCAUUUGCACCUAAGGAUAUUGCUAUAGCUGUAGCAAAGUGGGGUGAGAGUCCAAAAAAACAGACCAGAGAGAUGGGCCUGGGUGGGUUGCUACAUGUAGAUCAUUUUACUCACUUUAGCAGGAACCAUUCUCUUUUCUGUCUGCAGUCUAUAGACACUAGGAGGAAAAGGCUUGUUCUAGGGAAAAAUAAAUUUGCUCAGAUCAGUGAGAGAUCGAUGUCUGCCAUAUUAGGUACAAGAGAAGGUGGUGGUGUAGAGAUUCAGAGAGUCAGAGAAGGUCCUACGACAAAAGAAAUUUUUAUGGUCAGAAAAAUGCUAGACCUUGAUCUAAACCAUCAAGAAGUGAAAACACCGGAUCUUUUGAAAGUUUUGUGUGAAGACCAUCCUGAGGAGUUCACCAAAACAAGGGCGAUAAGAUUGAAACUUGCCUUGGCAAUGUUAGUUCUGUCAGUUUUCUACAGCCCCAGAGACAAGAGAGGAUAUGUCCCAAAGGAUGCAUAUCUACUGGCAUAUGCUCCUGAAAAUUUGGACAAGUUAAACUGGACCAAAUACGGAGUUGCUGAGCUUCUUGAUGCUGCUGCUAGAGUUCAGCAGUAUGUCAAUGCAAACCCAGGACCUGGACUCACUAUCUUUGGUUGCCACUACUAUCUUCAGGUAUUAGUUUUCCUUUUUUUGGUUCUGUUGUUGCUAUUUCGGUCUGCAUUUUACUCACAUAAGCCAUUGUGUUGAUUUUUAUAGGUGUUGUAUUUCGAUUCUGUGGAUGCUGGAGAUCAGAAUGUCGAUCCUACUGUUUGGCCUAGGAUAUGUGUCUACAAUGCUCCAAAACUUUUUGCUCUUAUUGAGAGGGACACCAUGAAUUAUAUAUCAAUGAGGGUUUACGGCAUGCUGAGAGUGAGUGAGAUAAACCUGGUCUAAUAAUAUUAUUGUUGUAAGUCAGUGGUAGUGCUAACAUUUAAAUUUGUCCAGCCUGAUGUGAAGGAACAGGUGGCCAAUCUGAAGAGGCAGAAGCGAACGGCAAGCGGGUCACAACUUAGAACCGUUCUCAAUGAGCAGGCGGCUGUCAUUCUAACUCAUGUUGAUGAAGUAAUGUUAGCGCUUCCAGACAACAAUGUUGCAUCCAAAAAUGCGGGGAGGUGCAUGCCUGAACAAUUUGGGGAAUGUAGCGGUGGAUUUCAUGGCUCAAGAUUUGGUGACAUGCCAAAAACAAGACUCUCUGGGAUGGAAAGCUAGAGGAGAUUAAGAAUAUAGUUAAUCAAGUGAGUGGUAAAUCUUUGCACAUUAUGGUCUUACUACUUGCCCCCUAUAUAUAAACUUAUAGAAAAGUAUUUGAUCAUAUUUUUUAAUAGGCGGAGGUUUGGCUCCGAAACGCAAUUGCAAGUAUGGAGCUAAAUUGUAAGCUAGCUGAUGACAAGUUCUCAGAAGAAGUAAAGAGGCGAACAACCAUGUUUGAUGGUUCAAUAAACACAAUGGUUGCAAACCAUAGAGAAAUUCAGAAGACAACAAAACUUCUUACCUUGCAAUACUUACACAACCGCCUCAUUGAUCAUGGUGUUGGAAAGCACAUGCCAGGCUUAGAAAAACACCUCAACAUGAUAAAUGUCCUACUUUCAGGUGGCACUGUAGGUGGAGCGCAAGGGGCUAGUUCAAGUUCAGCGCCGUUGAUUCCAAGAGUGCUUGAUGGUAAGUCGAGCAUCAAACCUAGUUUAGUUUAAUAAGCCAUGGAACAAUUGUAAAUCAAAUGGUUUGCUUUUUUAAUAGGAUUACUUGGAACUAAAUCAUCAUUUGGUGGCCCUAACUGGAAUGGUGUCGAGCAUAAUAUUAGAGCACACCAUUAAAGCACACUGGUGCUCAAUCCAGUGCCUUUACGGUCAGCACCAGUUAACUUGAAUGGAGCACGAGUAGAACCAAUAGAAGUGCAAGUUUGCGGAUCAACUAUACGGCAAAGCAAUGGAAGUGCUUUCUCAAAUUAUGGAGGUAAGAUCAUAUGUUAAUAGUGUACUUAGAACCAAAUGGUAUAGACUAAUGAAGGGUUGUCUUAGUUGUUAGAUGGGCAUGAAAAUCCUAAGAGGGCGACACUGCAAGUCUAAGCGCUGUUGUGGCCCAGGAAAAGAGACCUCGAGAUGAUUCUGCGGAACAUGUUUAUGGGAAAGACAUUACUGGAGAUGAUGGUCAAAACAAUGUCUCUGUGGUGCGAAAAAAUGGAGGUAAACCAAAAAAGGAACAUACAUUACUUAAAUGGUAACAUCGGGUAGUCCUCGAUACUAAUCUUUUGCUCCCCUUAUUAAUUGGUGUUAUUCAAUAUGCAGAUGUCAGUGCUGGUUGCAGUGUUAGCGGGGUGAGUGCUUCUCCGAAGCGAGCACGAGGUGAUUUAGGACAUGAGUCUCGAGGCAAAGAGCCCCGUGUUCAUAUUGGCGUCAGUGCUUCUCCAACGCAAAAAUGAACCGAUAUUGCACAUGAAUCUGGAGGCAAAGAGCUAAUCGAGUACACAGCAAUGCGUAGUAGAAGGGCUAGAUUAGAACCAAACUACUUGAUGAUGGAGAAACAUGUGUACUCAGAUCUACCUCCAGCAGAAAACCCUUUCCACUACAACAAGAGGAUAGUGUUUCCUACGCGUGAUACAGCUAAAGAUUUAUAUGAUAGACUGUUAUUCUCUGACUAUGCCACAACAAAGAAGUUAUGGUAUGUUCAUAUGGAUCCAACUCUACUUAAAAUAAGUGGAUCUGAGCUCAUUGAGGUCUUCCAAGAAUUUGGGAUUUUUACCAGGAAGACCUACGAGCGUAUCAGAAGGAUGCUUGAUGAAAAUGAACACGGAUGGUAUGGAGAACAAGAGAGAAGAAGGUGGCGCAAAAUCUUACCAAAGGAAUGGGUGAUUUGGGCCAUUCAUGAAACAACAGAAGGAUACUGCAUCAUGUAUGCCUUUGAUAUGGACCUUGAAAUUCUACAUGUCUUUGACCCGAAGCGCACAUGUGCUGGAAUAAGGAUUCUGGAGAGGCUUCAUCAUGAUACUUGUGAGAUACUACUGGAUGGACUUCUACGGUGUGUCGAUGCUUACUUUGAAGGAUGGGAACAUGACAGAUCAAGAUGGAAGUUCAAAUACCAUGAUUAUGUUAAUACUCCUUGCCGCACAGAGGACACACAAGUCUAUGGAUUUCACUACAUCUUGUCUUUUGAUGGCAUGCAUGUCCACGGCAACAUUGACAAGGAUAGCGUGGAUCAUCUGAGAAAAAAACUGAUGUACCUUGUGCUUCAGAUGGAAAGCAAUUUGGGUUAUGACGAUCCUGUAAGCGACGACGAAUGAUGAAGACAAACAAGCACUGCAAUCUUGGUGGGUAGUGUUCCUGCAUGCAGGGGGAAUGCCAGGCAACAAGUGUUGAGGAAAUUAAGGCUUAUAUAUAGCCAUGUAAUGCCAAACUCUGGUCUGUAACAUAUCUAGAAUGAUUACUAUCUAGCAGAACUUAUGAAGAACAUGACCACUAAUCAGGAGUUUAUGUAGUAUAUUCCUAUUUAUAAUUCUACUAAUUUGGUUGUGUUAGAAGAAAUUCGGUCAUGUCAUGCAAUUGAAUUCAGCAUCAACAUAUGAAAAAUGCUUAAUUUAAAAAAC